GCCAAGUUGGAGUAUCCCUCACUUGCGAUACCUGCGUUAGGCAGCUACAACCCUGCUUAUUUUUGCUUCUUUGUCAGUUCUCUUCUAUAUACAAAGCUGAAUAUUACACACUUCAUUUUUCUAGACGAGGAUUAAUAGGACCUAUUGCCGUGACAGCCUCCCGCUAUGGUUGAUUUCACCCUUUCCGAAUCCGAAAAGGCCACUCGCUUAGGUGCACGAGGUUUUGCAAAGGCACACCUCGCUGGUGCGAAAGCUGUUUACUCCGCGUUCUCAACCCCAGCUGAACGCUUCCAAUCUAUUCAACCCAUCUACGCUGAAGCUGUCAAAGCCGGUUUGAUCAAAGGCCAGGUGCCUGCGCCAGUUGGAGGCACGAGUGCGAAUCUCGUGGAGGCGGCCAUCCUAGUAGAGGAGUUCUAUGCUGUUGAUGCGUCAGCAUCGUUGACAAUAUUUGCGACGGGCCUUGGCCUCACUCCGCUUGCGCUCGCCUAUCAGCCGCAAUUUAAGGAAUUUUUGGAUCCUUUUUUGUCUGGUGAAGGCACACCGCUUGCAUCACUUGUGUUUUCAGAGCCUGCUGGAGUGGCAAAUUGGUUGGAGCCCGGUGCUCCUGGGUUGCAGACUACGGCAUAUCUAGACGGUGAUGAGUGGGUUUUGAAUGGAGAAAAGCUUUGGGCUACAAAUUCUGCUGGAUGGGAUUUCCAAGGUGCAGAUCUUGGCUGUGUUGUCUGCCGCUGCACGAACGAAGACGUAGCAUCGAAAUCAUUGUAUCCACGGGAUCUUGUCAUGGUAUUGCUUGUCACCAGGGCUGAUAUUGAUCGAAGCGGACAGGAUAGUUUUAAGGUCCUGAAACAUGUUGAGACAUUGGGCCACACGGCUGUCUCAGGACCUCAUAUCAAAUAUACAAACGUCCGCGUGCCUGCUAAAAACCUGCUUUGCCCACCUGGAACUGGAGCUGCUAUUGUGAGCCACUCAUUCGAAAUUUCCGCUAUGCUUGUAGGUGCGAUGGGUGUUGGCCUUCAAAGAGCGGCUUUCGACGCGGCUCUCGAAUUCUCUCGUGACACCCGAGGCGGAACUAUCCCGAUUGGAAAUCGUCAAUCUGUUGCAGAUCUGUUGAUUAAUAUCAAGAUGCGGACAGAAACUUCAAGACUCUUGACGUGGAAAGCGGCUCACUGCCUCCUUUUCGGGCCGGGCGAGCACGAACAAAGACGAGAGCUGUCACUACAAGCAAAGGUCUAUUGUUCUGAUGCAGCGGUUCAGUCUUGUACAGAUGCAAUCAAUGCUGUCGGCAUAUCGGCCUACAAUAUCGACUUUCCUUUUGGUGAGUUACUGGCCACUGCCAUGGUACUUCCCAUCUUUGACGGGGGUAAUAUUGGCAUCCGUCGACGAGCACUGCAGGAUAUUUUCAUUUCGGCUGGGUACCAGCCAUGGCUGACAGCGUUUGGGGCUGAAUGA